UAUACAGAAUUUAUCCUCUUUGGAUUUCCGGGAAUCAUAGAAUACAGAAAGUUGUUGUUAAUUCCAUUUCUGUGUAUUUAUAUAACGAUCCUGACUGGAAAUAUUCUAGUUCUUCAUCAGAUCUUUGUUGAACCGAAGCUCCACUCCCCCAUGUACUUCCUCAUGUCCCUCCUCUUCGCCAUCAAUAUUUUCGCCACGACGUCCGUCUUGCCAAAGUUCCUUCUGGAUUUAUCUUUGGACAUGAAGCAGAUCUCUCUGGUUGGCUGCCUCGUUCAGAUGUCUUGCAUUUACCUCUCGGGUGCUUUUGAGUCGGGCGUCAUCCUGAUGAUGGCCCUGGACAGGUUUAUAGCGAUUCGUAGACCUCUACGAUACCCCACUAUCAUGACCAAAGAGUUAAUCGUCCAGUUGAUUCUCCUUGCCGUAGCACGGAGCAUGUCCCUCGUCAUUCCAACCGUCGUACUGACUUCCAGGGUCCAUUUCUGUAGAUCCAACAUCAUUCUGAAUUUUGUUUGUGAGAACAUGGGGCUUCUGAGUCUUGCCUGUGGAGACAUCUCCAAAGUUCAUGUGGUGGGACUCAUUGUCAAGAUCUUCAUUACUGUGGUUGAUUUUAAUCUUCUUCUGGUUUCCUACUUCAGCAUUCUCUUUACGGCCAUGAACCUUAUCUCAGGGAAAGCCCGCCACAAGGCCCUCCAUACCUGUAUCACCCACCUGGCGGUGGCCAUGCUCAUCUACAGCUGUUCACUUCUGGCCUCCGUUGUGUACAGGAUGCGUACGCACAUUUCCUACAAUGUUCUGAACCUCAUCAAUGCCAUCUAUCUCAUGUUGCCGGCCUCCACAAAUCCCUUUAUUUAUGGGCUGGGGGUUAAAGAGAUCAGGCAAUGCUUGGUUAAAACAUGGAAGAUCAAAAACACGAGUCACUUGUCAUAA